AUGGAACCAAACCCACCAUCACGAUCUAGUCUCAUCAAAAAAGCAUCCCGAUACCGCACCCUCAUAAGCCUCCUCUCCAUACUCGACAGAUACCUCUCCUGGCCCCUCCCCUCAAGACCAGAGCUCGAGAUCUCCAUCCCCUCCCAAACCAGCAAAUGCCCCGGCUCAAUAGGCCUGCACAUCUUCACCGCGCCCUCAAAAGGCCUCUCCUCCCGAGCCCAACCCCAACCAACUGCACCCCGACCCGUCCUCAUCAACUUCCACGGCGGCGGCUUCUCAAUCGGCCACGCCCUCGACGACUCCCGCUGGGCCAGCACCGUCCUAAAAGCCUACCCAGAAGCCGUAGUAAUAAGCGUCAACUACCGCCUAGCACCCGAACACCCCUUCCCCAUAGCCCUAGACGACGGCACAGACACCAUUAUCUGGCUCUGGGACCACGCAGACCAAUACAAUCUCGACAAAACGCGCUUCACACUAACCGGCUUCAGUGCAGGUGGAAACCUCGCUCUAACAACCCCCUUCCGACUGCGCGAAUGUCAACAGAAACGCAAUGCAGGGAAAAUAACCCUCGCUGGCCAAAUUGCUUUUUAUCCCAGUGUGGAUUGGACGCGGACGCGCGCAGAGCGGGAUGCUACUAAUCCCAUUUCGGCGGAGAAAUCUAUGAUUUCGGCUGAUGUUUUUCGUUUCUUUGAUGAUUCGUAUUUGCUGAGUGCGGGUUUGCCGAAGUUUGCUGGGACUGAGAGUGUGGAUAUGGGUCAUAUGUUUCUUUCGCCUGGAAGGGCUUCGGAGAAGGCGUUGCUGGAUGCGUAUGCUCCGGCCGUUGCGAUUUAUACUUGUGGGUGGGAUCAGUUGCUUGUGGAGGGGGAGGCUUUUCGUGAUAGGCUUGCUGGGUUUGUGAAGGAGGGGAAGAUGGCGAGUGUUGGGGGGUUUAUGGUUGAGGAUGUGGUUCAUGGGUUUGAUAAGGCGCCUUCGUUUUGGAGGAAGGCUCCGGCUAGGGAGAGGAUGUAUUCGGAUGCGGUUAAGCAGUUGGGGGUUAUGUGGAAUAUUGACUGA